UCUGUAUUGAAAUUGUAGAAGGAAAGAGGAGAAAUCAGAAAGAGAAAAUUCAUUCAAAAUUCUCUGCUCAAUAAGUUCCAACUAUUCUUCGACGUUGCUAAAGAGAAUCAGAAAUCAUGGAAAAUAGUUUUGAUACACACUGAUGAGCGUUUGAUUCUCCAAAGAAUUUAAUUUAAAAAAAAAUUAUUGAUCAAAAGAGUGGUUGAGAGAUGUACAUAGGUGGCGGUGGAGCUCCAAAGCGGAAUUCUUUCAAGGAUUCUCUCAAAGUUCUCGAAGCCGAUAUUCAGCACGCAAAUACUCUGGCAUCGGAUUUUCCAAGGGAAUAUGAUGGUGCAUGCCUACAGAUGAGAAUCUCAUACAGUCCAGCGGCACAUUUUUUCCUCUUUCUAGUACAAUGGACUGACUGCCACCUUGCUGGAGCUCUUGGACUGUUGCGAGUCCUAAUAUACAAGGUUUAUGUUGAUGGCACUACAACUAUGUCUGUGCACGAGAGAAAAGCAAGCAUUAGGGAAUUCUAUGCUGUUAUUUAUCCCUCUUUAUUGCAACUUCAAAGAGGGGUCUCGGAUUCGGAAGAUAAUAAACAGAAAGCUGUGUGUCUAGAGAGAUACAGAAGAAGAGACGAAGAAUACAGGCAAUGCACUGAAUUAGAUAUUGAAAGGGAAGAAGAAUGUGGGAUUUGCAUGGAGACGAACUGUAAGCUUGUCUUGCCAAACUGUAAUCAUGCCAUGUGCCUGAAAUGCUACCGAGAAUGGCGUACGAGAUCACAAUCUUGUCCAUUUUGCCGGGAUAGCUUAAAGAGGGUGAACUCUGGUGAUCUAUGGGUACUUAUGGACGGCAGGGAUGUGAUAGAUAUGGCAACUAUCACGAGGGAAAAUCUGAGGAGGCUGUUCGUGUUUAUAGAGAAAUUGCCCCUUGUUGUUCCCGAUACCCUUUUUGAUACUUACGAUACCCAUUUGAGGUAAUUUACUAGUAUCGUCUAGGUAAUGGCGAUUAGUUAACGCUCUAGAUUGCAUGUGGAAGCAAGAAAUAAUCUGCGGAAACCUAGAUUUAGAUAUUAUCUGGCUUAUAAAUAGAAACCGCCUUGCUUUAUUGUGGGCAGGGUUUUGAAGCUAUUUUAUGGAAAAUCUCUAUGGAGAAAAUUAGUACAUCCAUGUAUAGUCUGUGUGGAUUGAUUAGACAAUCGAGUUAAUAAUUUGCCAACCUCAAUUGAAACAGAGCUCCUGAUUCAUACAGAGCAUUUUAUUUUAUUCUUUCAA